CAUCCAAAGCUGCACGGAGACAUGAUGAGUGUGGUCCCUUUCUGGGUCAGUGAACAGCCUGCCGUACUGCCACACUGAAUGGGAACAGAGAGAAGAGGCCAUGGCUUUCAAACCCCCCACAAACACGCGCCCAACAUUCAAAUGCUGACACAUUCUGGAUUAUCCUCACAGAAAAGCAGCAGUUCUCUCAGAGCACUUUGAAUAUUUGGAGUCACCUUGAAACAUAUACACACACCGGAGAGUAUGAGGUCGCCCUAUUUCCCAGCGAGGUCGGUGCUUUUUCACAAGGAGCCCAACGGAGUGACGUACAGAGUCCCGGCGCUGCUGUUCCUGUCCCGCUCCAGGUGCUUCCUGGCCUUCUGUGAGGAGAGACUCAGCCCGGCCGACUCUCAGGCUCACCUGCUGGUCAUGAGGAGAGGCACUUUCUACAGGAACUACGUGGAGUGGGAGGACAUGCGCGUCCUUGGCGCUGCCUUCCUGCCGGGCCACCGCUCCAUGAACCCGUGCCCGGUGUAUGACGAGUUCACAGACACUCUCUUCUUGUUCUUCAUCGCUGUCCUCGGCCACACCUCGGAGUCCUAUCAGCUGGCGACGGGGAACAACGUGACCCGCCUCUGCUACAUCUGCAGCACUGAUGACGGAGUCACCUGGACUCCUGUGACCGACCUAACCACGAAGGUCAUCGGAGAUACAAUCAAAGAAUGGGCCACCUUCGCUCUCGGCCCGGGUCACGGCCUCCAGCUGAAGUCCGGCCGCCUGCUGGUUCCUGCCUACGCGUACCACAUCGAGUGCAAAGAGUGCUUCGGAAAGCUCUGCCAGACCACUCCCCACGCCUUCUGCUUCUACAGCGACACCCACGGGCGAACCUGGCGUUUCGGGGAGGCGGUGCCCGUGCCGGACAGCGUGGAGUGUCAGAUGGUGUCCGUGGAUGAAGAGGACGGGACGAAUGUGCUCUACUGCAACGCACGCAGCCCUCUGGGAUACAGGGUGCAGGCCCUCAGCCUGGACAGCGGAGUGGUGUUUCAGGAGGGGCAGCUGGUGCAGCGGCUGGUGGAGCCUGGCAAUGGUUGCCAUGGUAGCAUUGUGGGAUUUCCUGCCCCGCUACAUUUAUGUCAUUCUCUUGACAACCACUUGGAUCAACCGACGCGUCACUCCAGACACUGGACGUCCUGCAUGACUGACUCAGAUCCCACCACCUCAACCUGCUCCCCGACACCCACUCGUCCAUAUUUCCUCACCCCCACCUGGGUGGUUUACUCCCACCCAACAUGGGCAACUGGACGCAGGGACCUGGGUGUGUUCCUCAGCCCGUUCCCCCGCGAUCCAGGAGACAACUGAAUUGAAUUGAAUUGGCGUGGCCCCUGGGUGAUCUACGAGGGCCCCAGCGCCUACUCUGACCUCGCUUAUCUGGAGCUGCCCUCUUCUCUCGGCGGGCCGCCCGCCGUGGCCUUCGCCUGCCUGUUUGAGUGCGGCAGCAAAACGGCCUACGAUGAGAUAUGCUUCAGCAUGUUCAGCCUCUACGAGCUCAUUGACCAUCUGCCCCGGGGCGCACAGCCGGGACGUCACAAUCGUGAUGGUAAACGGCAGCCGGCUCAGGGCUCGGAGACGGACCGUACGAGUGGACGCGACGGUCACAGAACGGCAGCUUCCCAUCAGGUGCCACGUGUGAAGAAGAGGAGGAAGAAGAGCAAGUUUACUGAGAUAUGCUCCGUGUCCUAAACUUAGUUGUUCACCUUUAAGUCCAGUAACUGUUUACUAUUCACACUCAGUGGGCCCUUUUAUUAUCUGCACCGUUAAUUCAAUUCAAUUCAGUUUAUUUGUAUAGCCCAAUU